CUCUCUCUGUAUAUAUAUAUAUAUUUAUUUAUAUGUAUAUUGAAAAAGAGGCUAGUGAGGUCCAGCAUAAUUUUAUAUGCGAGGCUUUUGGAUGCUUUCAAGGUUGUACUGGGUCAUCCUCAUAUUCAAUGGAGGAGGAAUUAUCACCAUCAAAUCGGCCUACCAUAGCUUUCCCAGUGGGCUUAGCUCUUCUUCUGCUCAUGUUAUUCUCUAUGACUGUCUUCUUCCUUUGUUGCCUUCACUGGGACAAGAUUCGAUCUUUUUUCAAAUCUUCUCCUCCUCAAGACCACACCGAUUUUCAUACUGAUUUUCCUCAGAAUUCACCGCAAAAGCCUGCUGCUUCUGCUACGAUGCCAAAGCAAAAUCAGAGGCAGAGCAUACCAGUGGUGAUGCCUGGAGAUGACGUCCCAAAGUUCAUAGCAAUGGCUUGUCCAUGUGAGCCUUCUUUGAUAGAAAAGGUCACAAUUGUUGUACAUAAACCUAAUUCCAAUUAAUUUUGUGUGGUUUAGUUAAUUAGUACAAUACCCCCUAAUUCUUGUUAUCAAGUAUAUCAAAUUAAUCGUCAGGUUCUGGGUUUGAGUAACAAUAAUCAAAACAAAAAGGGAUAGCAAAUAAAUC